ACGCGGCUGGGUGCGGCGCGGCGCGGCGCGGCUGCAAGACCGGCAGGAGGGCGCCGCCCCCUCCCCCGCCCUCUCCGCUGAGGAUGGAAGUGACGAAAGCAGCCGAGGAGGUCACUUCCUGCUGGGGUGGAUGAGGAGGAGCCGGAGACGCCGCGGAGGAGACCGGACCGAAGACGGACCGUGCGGGGGAGAGCAGCAGGGUGAAAAUGAAAGCAGGCUGUAGCAUCGUGGAAAAGCCAGAAGGAGGUGGAGGGUAUCAGUUUCCUGAUUGGGCCUAUAAAACAGAGUCGUCCCCGGGUUCCCGGCAGAUCCAGCUAUGGCACUUCAUCCUGGAGCUGCUGCAGAAGGAGGAGUUCCGCCAUGUCAUCGCCUGGCAGCAGGGAGAGUAUGGGGAGUUUGUCAUCAAGGAUCCAGACGAGGUGGCCCGCCUCUGGGGCCGCAGGAAGUGCAAACCACAGAUGAAUUAUGACAAGCUGAGCCGGGCCCUGAGAUACUAUUACAACAAGAGGAUCCUUCAUAAAACAAAAGGGAAAAGGUUUACUUAUAAAUUUAACUUCAACAAGCUGGUGAUGCCCAACUACCCAUUCAUCAACAUACGGUCAAGUGGUGUGGUUCCCCAGAGUGCUCCACCAGUGCCAACAGCCUCUUCCCGCUUCCAUUUCCCACCUCUGGACACCCAUUCUCCAACUAGUGAGGUGCAGCCAGGGCGCUUCUCUGCCAGCUCCCUAACUGCUUCUGGCCAGGAGUCAAGCACUGGCACUGAUAGAAAGGUGGAGCUUUCGGAGCUGGAGGAUGGCUCAGCCGCUGACUGGCGCCGGGGUGUGGAUCUCAUGUCCUCCCGGAAUGCUGUCGGCGGAGGCAUUGGCCAUCAGAAGCGCAAGCCUGACAUCAUGCUUCCCCUGUUCUCCAGGCCAGGGAUGUACCCUGACCCCCAUAGCCCCUUCGCCAUCUCUCCCAUCCCCGGCCGUGGAGGCGUCCUGAAUGUCCCCAUUUCACCAGCCCUCUCCCUGACUCCCACCAUCUUCUCCUAUAGCCCGUCGCCAGGCCUGAGCCCCUUCACCAGCAGCAGUUGCUUCUCCUUCAACCCUGAGGAAAUGAAACACUACCUUCAUUCUCAAGCCUGUUCUGUGUUCAACUACCAUCUGAGUCCGCGGACAUUUCCUCGUUACCCAGGGCUCAUGGUUCCACCGCUGCAGUGCCAGAUGCAUCCUGAGGAGUCAACCCAGUUUUCCAUCAAGCUGCAGCCCCCACCUGUCGGGCGGAAGAACCGGGAGAGGGUGGAGAGCAGCGAGGAGGCAGCGCCUGUCACUGUUCCCACGCUGGCUCCUGUCCCCCCGAGAAUUAAGGUGGAACCAGCCUCUGAGAAGGAUCCUGAGAGUCUCAGGCAGUCGGCACAAGAAGAGGAGGAGCGCUCUCAAGAAGAGGGCAGUGUGCCAAGCAGGACCACAGAAGAGGAAAAAGGCACCAUCUUUGCCCGCCCGGCUGUGCCGCCUGUCUGGCCCUCUGUACCCAUUAGCACCCCAGGUGAAGAACCCCUAGAGGUGACUGAAGACAGUGAGGACAGGCCUGGCAAAGAGCCCGGUGCACCUGAGAAGAAAGAAGAUGCCCUGAUGCCCCCCAAGCUUCGGUUGAAGCGGCGCUGGAAUGAUGACCCUGAAGCCCGGGAGCUGAGUAAGAAUGGCAAGUUCCUCUGGAAUGGGUCAGGACCCCGGGGCUUGGCAACGGCUGCUGCUGACGCUUAGAACUGGAAGUUGAUUGGGAGCUGUUUAUACUAUAAUCAAACACAUACAUGUAUUUAUGUAGCAAGAUUUCGGG